AUGGAGGUGGCCUCCGUCGCUCAAACUGAGUUUAAGGGACCUGUUUUCAAGCUACUUGUCGGACGGCAUGCCCUGCCUCCAGUCCCAACCGCUGCAGGAGCAGAUGGCCUCGGAUGGAGUGACUCCCGACACGUCCUCUCCUUUCGACUCUCCCUGCCCGGGCGGAAGGGAACCACCCGCGGUGACCAGCGCCGGUUGGUUUUUCUCGCCGCUGUGGAGCCGCGGACCAAGACGCACCGAUGGGGGUUCGGGAGCGGAGUGGACAGCGACAGGGUGGAGGUUUGGCUGGAUGAUCACUCGUCCAGGGAGAUGGUGGGAGGCUGGUUCGUGGAGACGCUACCCUCUCCUCAGACCUCCAGAGGGCCCAGUAGGUCUCCGUCCGACCCCAGCUCCAGCAUGCUCCUCCUGGGCCGCGUCGGACUCCUUCCCCUGUCCAGCCCCUCCCUCCGGAUCUCCACCUCCAUCCCCUCCUGCCCCAACCCCACCCUCACCAGACCUCUACCCUUUCCACCCCCAGUGGGUUUCUUUCGCUCCCUUCGCUGCCCCCACUCCCCCAGCUCACCCCGCUCCUCACCUCGCUCUUCACCCCGCUCUCCGAGGAGGACUAGAUCCUGUGGGCGAGGUGAGCCUUGUGGGCGAGCUGAGCCCUGUGGGCGAGGUGAGCCCUGUGGGCGAGGUGAGGGCUGUGACUGGAUGAUGAAGAUACUGGCUGGAGGCUCUGGGAGGAUAGGCUCUGUGGCGGAGCUCUGCCAGGGGGCCCUGCAACAUGCUAUAGAGGUGGUGUGGGCAGAACGCUGCUCUCUGUCUCUGCUCCGACAGGACCAGGAUGGAUGUAAGGGAUUGGUCCAGGUGGUUUCCCUGACGACGCCGGGCUGCGAGAGGGAAGAGUCUUCCAGCAAACAUGCCCACCAGGAGCUGGUGAAGGGCAUCCUGGGAUAUGUAGUUGCCACAGGGAUGCCCAUGAACAUGACAGGAGACGUCUGUGAGGACCCCAGGUUCACCACAGACGAGGACCAGACGGCAGGCUUCAAGAGUGUCCUGAGUGUCCCGAUUAAGAACAGUAGACAGGAGGUUAUAGGAGCAGCUCUGGUGCUGAACAAGAGGAUCAGUGAUGAUGUCCAGGGUUCUCUGUUCACAGACCAGGAUGAGAAGGUCCUGGCCUGUCACAUGGGUCUGCUCGGGCUGGUCCUGGACAAUGUUCAGCUGUUUGAGAGUUCCAGACAAGAAGCCAACCGAUGCCAGGUGUUGUUGACCCUGGCCAGGCUGCUGUCAGAGGAACAGAAGUCGAUGGAGAAUCUCCUGGGCAAGAUGGCCGCCACCAUCCUGCCUUUCGCACGGGCUCAGUACUGUACCAUUUUCAUCGCCAGGGACAGACCCAAGAACUCCUUCUCUGGGCUGGUCCAUAUGGAGGGAGAAGAACAAGGGUCAGAGUUCCAGAUCUUUCAAAGAGACUGUACCCUCUCGGACAUAGACCUGACCCACGCCCUGCAGGUGCUGGUCUCCAAGGAGACAAUGAACGUGUCCGGCGCCGAUCAGGACCCCCACACGGGUAGUCUGGUCUGCUGCCCGAUCAGAAACGGGAAGACAGGACAAAUCAUUGCCGUCUGCCAGCUGAAGAACAAACUGGGCACGGCCCCUGGCGAGGCGGAGACGGGCAGGGCGUUUAACCGUUAUGAUGAGCGCCUCCUAGAGGACUUUGCGGUGUACUGCGGCCUGGCCCUGCAGACCGUCCAGACCGUCCAACGGAUAGAAUACCAACGAGCCAGCCAGGACGUUACCCAAGAGGUUCUGUCCUACCACCUCACUGCAGCUCAAGAGGAAAUCAGAGCGUUGCAGGAAGCUGAAAUCCCCUCUGCCCAAUCACUGCGCAUCCUGGACUUCAGCUUCUCUGAUUUCGGCCUAUCAGAGGACUCCACGGCUCAGGCCACAGUUAGAAUGUUCCUGGAUCUCAACCUGGUACAGGACUUCAACAUCGACUACAAGUGUCUCUGUCAGUGGGUUCUGAGUGUAAGGCGUGGUUACCGUAGCAACGUGCCCUACCACAACUGGAGUCACGGCCUCAGCACCGCUCAGUGUAUGUUCGCUAUGAUGAUGUCUACAGACCAGCUACAGUCUAAUUUAUCUCGUCUGGAGGUGUUGGCUCUGAUGAUAGCUACUCUGAACCACGACCUGGAUCACAGAGGAGUCAGUAACUCCUACAUAGAGAGGACUCAGCAGCCUCUAGCCCAGCUGUAUGGAACCUCCUCUCUGGAGCAUCAUCACUAUGACAUGUGUCUCUUCAUCCUCAACAACCCGGGAAGUCAGAUCCUCAGUGGUCUGUGUCCUGAUGACUACAGGACAGUGUUACCCAUGAUAGAGAAAGCCAUCCUGGCUACGGACCUGGCUGUCUACAUGGA